CAUACUGCCUGCUGGGAUGAAGCUCGCCACCGGAGAACUACAGAGAUUGUUACAAAUCUGAGAUCUCUCGCAGUCUCGGCGAUAACGAUCGGUUACCAUUAUAUUCAGUUUCCAGGAGAAGGGAGCAAAGAGGCGCGUUGCCAAAAUGAUGGAAGAAAUCGACAGAUUUCAAGUGCCGAGUGCCGUACAGGAGGCGGAGAUGCAGGCUGAGAUGCAGCCGCUGGACCCGGCCUCGUCCACAGCCUCAGAGGCAGACUCAGACACCAGAGAGGGAGAACCUGUCACUAUCAACUACAAGCCCUCACCCCUGCAGAUGAAAAUAGAGAAACAGAGAGAGCUUGCUAGGAAGGGCUCGUUGAAGAACAGCAACACAGUAGGUAGUCCAGUCAACCAGCAGCCCAAGAAGAACAAUGUCAUGGCCAGAACACGGUUGGUAGUGCCCAAUAAAGGCUAUUCCUCUUUAGACCAGAGCCCAGAUGAGAAGCCCUUGGUGGCCCUAGACACAGACAGUGAUGAUGAUUUUGACAUGUCUAGAUACUCAUCGUCGGGAUACUCCUCUGCUGAGCAAAUCAACCAAGAUCUGAACAUCCAGCUGCUGAAAGAUGGUUACCGCCUAGACGAGAUCCCCGACGACGAGGACCUGGAUCUGAUCCCACCAAAAUCAGUCAACCCUACCUGCAUGUGCUGCCAGGCAACCUCCUCCACCACCUGUCAAAUACAGUAACCCCGCCUCUCUGACCUUCUGCCCCGUACCCCAUUCCACACAACAUAACCCCUGAUCUCCAUCUGCUGUGAGUUUACUUCGCCGCCAGAGCAGCGACAGUGAAACAUUGGUAGAAUAUUGUAAUGACAGUUAAGUGCUAUGAUGAUAAUGACAAUGACAAAUAAUCAAAUUAACAUAUAGAAACUUUGGUUUAAAAUCUAGGAGAAGGAAAAUAUGUGAAAAAGAUUGAAUAUGUAUUUAAAAUAUGAUUAAAAGUGGUGGUUUCCUCCUAUGGUAGGACGUGCACUUGUAUUUGAGAGCCCUUCUCCUGGUGAACAUGAUGUAACUUAACACACUGAUGUUAGUAGACAGAAAACAAGGGGUCAAUUGAUGCUGUAAAGUGAUUUCAAUUUCCCUGAAGAAUAAGAAACAUUAUCAUAACUGCUGACUCAACAGUUCCGCUUACCUGAAUUUUGGGCUGCAUUUUUGCAUUUUUCUAGUUUUUUUUUAAGUUUUUAUUUAAAUGCUUACCUUUUUUAAACCUGAGGGAUCAGAAUGAUUGUAUGUGUUGAUGUGGAAAUAUUUGAAAAGUGUGGACUGCGGUCUCGGUACCCCAAAUAGAGGAUAUUUGGUACUGUAUUCAUUGUACUGUACAGGGUUGUUAUGUAGCACAUGCCAGGUCAUUGCACUCAUUCACACCACCUUCAACACUUGAGCUUUCUUUGCCCUUCUGGCUUGGAUGUUUCAUUACACAGUUUAGGGAUGAAUGUAUAAACGUGAAUGGCUGAGGAACAAUUUGCAUGAAGAGCACCAGACUGAAUAACGGAAUUGAAUAAAAUAAGCAAGUAGCUUGUUGCACAUUUGAUUUUUGCCCCAUUUCUGUUGUGCAAUCACAUUCUACUGCUGUGGCACUAGCCUGAUUUGUAUUUUUUGGAAUUUGCACAUUUUGUUUUUUAUUUUUCAGGCGCAUAUCUGUGUACUCUUUCCUGCAUAGCAGUGACAGUGUCUUAUCUGAAAUGAACUGUGUCAAAAGGGAAGAUCACGCAUAAUUGCACCAACCCUCUAACACAUGAUGCCCAUGUCAUCAUGGCCAAAGGGACUGGAGGGGGGCUUUGGAUUUUUUUCAGCACAGUUUGUUGUGUUACCCUACUCUAUCUUUUCUCAGUCAGUGUCACAGAACCUGAUCACUGGACACUCCCUCCUCCCCAUUUCUAUCUUAACACCACAGAUCAUUAAGGGAGCAUACAGGUUCAGACAGAAAGAUUUAUCCUCUCUUCUCUCGCACAGACACACAUGCACACACAUGCACACACACAACACACACACACACACACACACACACACAUACAUGCAUAUGCAUGCAUACAGACAUACAAUGCCAAAAUAAAGAGUGAGAUGGCAUCUAUUUGUCUCUUUUGACUUAUAGGUUGGAAAUAGUUUUUUAAUUGCAACAUCAAGGAUCACUGACUUCAUUUAUGAUCCCCUCUCCCUUAAAUCAGUUGAUUAUUUGCAAUUGGAGUAUGCCUUAAGUACAGAGAAGUUUAAAAGAUGUGUAUUUAUUCCCAUCUUGAUAAAUUAGUUUAUUCGAAGAGCUUUUGCUGUCUAAAAAGUUAUGCUUUUUUUACAUUUAGACACGGGUGAUUAUGGUUUUUCUUUGGUUUUCCUUUUUUUUAAAUGAUUUUCUUGUAUUGUAAACACUUCCAUUCCAGUAUUUAACAAUGUUAUUGUUAUGUGCGGUGUAUGAAAACAAAUAAACACA